ACCCUGUUGCCACAGUUGCAACGGAGACACAGACUAUAUUCUGUUUUUGGGAGAAUUUGAUACUGAAGCUAAUAGUACAACCAAACGUUAUCCUGGCGUGGUGAACACAGGAACUGACCCACGAUGAGCGCCACUUACAAGGAUGCCAACACCUUGGCUGCUGAGGCUCAAGAACAGGAUGAGGGGGAAUGGAUAACUUAUGAUGCCAAGUGCUCGUCUCAGUCCCUCACUGCUUGGCUAAAAGAGUGGGCUCCUUCGAAAACCCCAGCUGAUGGUGUUGGUUGGCUUUGUGUCCGCGGCUACAAUGUUGACGACUCAGAAAUACCUGAAGCAGAAGUGGACGAGCUUUUGGUCGCUUGGGAAGACCUGAAGGAGUCUGGAAAACCAAUUGACUUACCGACCAUUCGUGAGCUAGCUAAAAAGUACCAUGUUACAAGCGGUAAAUGGCUCCUGCAUGUGGACACAGGUGUAAAGGGAGAUUAUUUUUGGAAAUUGGUAACGAGGGGAAUUGUUGAUGGUCAACUUCCAUCUAAUUUCGCGAAAAUCAGUCCUAAUAAGGGUCCAAAACAUGUAAUAUGUAUUUACAAUAAAGAUUUCACAAACGAAGAGCAAGUGUGCAGCCUGGAAAAAGGCCUUCGCAGCAUUGGCAUAAAAUCCCAGCUCUCCUAUAAGCCCGAUGUAUACACACACAUAGGAAUAUAUAGGAAAAACAAAUGGAAACUCCGUCCAACCAUAUACAAGAGUGAUUACAAGAUCACUACCAAUCAGUCUAAAAUAACUACCACUUAAAAUGUUCCUCAAUCUCUUUAUUUCUGAGUUAAAGGGAAAUUCCUGUGAUGAAUUUGCUUGUUUGUUUGGUUAUAUUGUUUCUAUAUUUUGACAUAAAUGUUGAUGUUUUCUUAUGUAGGUAAUUGUCUGCAUAAAUGCUUACUAAAAACGUGUACUGUUUAUACCACAUUCAGUUUUAAUAUGGAUAACUUUUUUUAGUAAUUUGACAGAGAAAUAUGUUGAUUAAGCAAAUAGGGUAUUGUUAUAUUAUUGAUUUAUAUAUAAACAAUAUGUAAUUCAAA